CCACCGCCGCCGUCCAGACUCCAGACUCCAGACUCCAGCGAGCGCAGCAGGCGACAGCGCCGCCGCCCUCACCGGCGCACCGCCGGCUGCACUGGAGGAAGGAAGAGGGUGUCUCCGUCUGUGUCUGAUAGUAUUACUACAGUACCUCUCGCGGUCCCCCCCCUCGCCGGAUGGCCUCACCGCCCUCCUCUCCCUCCCCCGGCGACGCCGAGGCGGCGGCGCCGCCUCGGCCACCUUCGCCGUCCGCCAUAACCGACGGCGCCGUCUCCGGCACCAUCCCGGCGGCCGAGGCCUUCGCCGUCCACUACCCGGGCUACCCGUCCUCCCCCGCCCGCGCCGCCCGCACCCUCGGUGGCCUCCCCGCCAUCGCCAAGGUCAGGGGCUCCGACCCUGGCGCCCGCCUCGAGCUCCGCUUCCGCCCCGAGGAUCCCUACUGCCACCCGGCCUUCGGCGAGCCCCGCAUGUCCACCGGCCUGGUGCUCCGCCUCUCCAGGCCCAAGGGCGGCACUGGGCCGCCGCGUGCUGAGGUGGUUGCGCGCGUCCGGAACGCCUACCACUUCGAAGGUAUGGCAGAUUUUCAGCAUGUUGUUCCAGUGCAUGCUGCAGAAAUGAGAAAAAGAAAACGUUCAGAGUGUCCAAAUAAUAAAGAAGAUCUGUGCACUGAUAACGAUGAUGUCAUGAUGUUGGUACCUCCACUCUUCUCAAUAAAGGAUAAACCAACAAAGAUAGCGCUUCUCCCGUCGUCCAGUGCAUUGUCCAAAAGCAUGCAAAGGGGAGUUGUACAGCAUCGUUGGGAGAUGGAUAUUGGACCAACACUUGCGCUUCCUUUCAACGUUCAAGCUGUUCCGGAAAAGAUUAACUGGGAGGACCACAUUUCGAAAAAUUCACCAGAGUGGGGUUGGCAGAUGGCUGUGUGCAAAAUGUUUGAUGAGCGUCCUGUGUGGCCAAGGCAGUCACUUUAUGAACGUUUGAUUGAUGAUGGUUUGCAGAUCUCUCAAAGCCAAUUCAAAAGGCUUCUCUUUAGAGCUGGAUAUUACUUUUCUACUGGUCCUUUUGGCAAAUUCUGGAUCAGAAGAGGAUACGAUCCUCGAAAAGACCCAGAGUCACGAAUGUUUCAGAGAAUUGAUUUUCGCAUGCCUCCUGAGCUAAGGAAUCUUCCAAGGAAGGACCGUAGAUCUGAAAAAUGGACAGAGAUGUGCAAGCUUGAAGUGAUGCCAUCGAAGAGUUUCAUCUUCCUGCAAUUAUUUGAACUGAAGGAUGAGUUUAUUCAAGCGGAAAUUCGAAAACCUUCUCAUCAGUCAACUUGCUCACAUUUGACAGGUUGGUUUUGCAAGCCAAUGAUUAAAACCUUGAGAUUGCAACUGAGCAUACGGUUAUUCUCAUUAUGCCCUAGUGAAGAUGCUAAAAACUUUUUGAGGAAUGCCCAUGAACUAAUUGAAAGGUCCAAGAAGCAGGAAGCACUUUGCCGAUCUGAGCAAGUAAAGGAAAAUAAAGAAGCACCUGACAGACAUAAUGGAACUGAGGAUCAAGCUGGUGGCAACAACUCUGAUAGCGAGGAUGCAGAUGAUGACGAAGAGGAAGAUAAAGAGUCAGAUGGUUAUGAAUCUCCACCUAUGAUGAUGUCCCUGAUUUCACCUUGGAAGAUCCCUUUACAUCCGGAGAAGGCUUCUCCAAUGGAUACCUUGAAGAGAUGUUGCGCAGUUUUCCUCUCCAUGAAGAUGGCCAAAACAAACCAGGUGAUGCUCCUAUCAAUACUGAAGCAAGUGAUGGAGAGUUUGAAAUUUAUGAACAACCUAGUGACGAUGAAUCCUCUGAUGGCUAAAGAGACAUUUUGGGAGUUGCAGGCUUGCAGCCCAUCCUUUGUUCCAGUUUUAACAUACCCUACUUGCACAGAGCUCAUUGUUUAGCUUAUUUAGCAUUAGGUUUUUAUAUUGUUAUAUGUUUUAGAGCUUAUUUUAGGCCUAUCUUAAUUAAUCUUUUGAUAUCCAAAGGAUCCUAGUAUUUUUUUGACAUUUCCUUUUGAAGUUCAGAUCAGAUGUAACACAAAUAACUUAUAUUUGAAUUUACAAGCUAUAUUUUUACAUUACAAGAACAUUAGUAGAAUUUUUC